UCUUCAACCGUCUUCCCCUUUUGCUUUUGCAAAAACCAGAACGAAAACCAACUGAUGAAGAAGAAGAAACAGAUAAUGGAUAGACCUUAUUGUCUGUAUUGUUGCUCUAUUUAUUAUUAUCUUGUUGCUGCUAUCACCUUUUUCAUAACGUAUGCACCUUUGAACAAUGCCCAACCUCCAUCUCCAUCUCCAGUGGCGAACUUAUCCACUUCUUGGAUCAACACCCCCUCAAUUUUAAUUAAUUCCAGCGAAGUUAUCUUAAAAUUGACACCCGUCUUCAAUGGAUCCAUUGACUCACGUUUGAUGUGUGGCUUCUAUUGCCCUGAUAUUAAUGCAUGCCUCUUUGGUGUUGUAUUCUUCAAUUGGAAUAAUUUAUUUUCCCCCUUCUACUCGUUCACGGUAAAUGACCCACAACUAGUGUGGUCUGCUAAUCGGGAUCGUCCUGUUCAAAUUAAUGCCACCUUACAACUCACUGGAAAUGGAGAUUUGAUAUUGCGAGACGCCGAUGGCGCUUUCGUAUGGUCUACCAACACAUCAGGAAAGUCUGUCUUUGGCUUGAAAUUCACCGUAUCCGGAAACCUUGUGCUCUUUGACAGAAACGAUGCGACGGUUUGGCAGUCAUUUGAUCACCCAACUGACUCCUUACUUGUUGGACAGACUUUGUUUCCUGGCCAGAAGCUCACCUCCAGCACAUCCUCAUCGAACUCGACUCCAGGUUUGUUUUCUCUUACAGUUCAGGAUUACAGGCUGUUGGGUUAUGUAGAAUCCAAUCCACCCUUGCCCUAUUUUCAAUCCGGAUUAGGUUUCAUAAAUUAUGUGAAAUACGACAAUGGAAGCUUCAACGGGCAGAAUAUCCCUCUUGCAUCAUCAUCAGGUCAAUUCAUAAGGUUGGAUCCUGAUGGGCAUUUGAAGGUUUAUGAGUCGGGAGAAUUGAAUUGGAAUGCAGUGGUGGAUCUGCUGACACCUGGUAUUGGUUAUUGUGGGUAUCCCAUGGUCUGCAGCAAUUACGGUAUUUGUUCUUCAAAUGGACAGUGCGCCUGUCCUGACGAUGCCAAUAGUGAAACAAGCACUUUCAGGCAAAUAAGUUAUACACAACCCAACCUUGGAUGUUCCCUUGUUACACCCAUUUCUUGUAGCCAUUCUCAAUAUCACACCCUUCUGGAGCUUAAGAAUACUAGUUACUUUUACUUCAACAUAAUACACACAGACAAAAACAGUUUCCUCGAUGAGAAAAUAGAUUUAGAGAAUUGCAAGAAGAGUUGCUUGAAAAACUGUUCAUGCAAAGCCGCUUUGUUUGCAUAUGAUUCAAGGAAAGGUUGCUUAUUAUUGUCUGAAGUCUUUUCUCUUAUAAAUAAUGAGGGAAUGGUUGAGAACGUUACUGUAUUUCUUAAAGUGCAGAAAUCUUCUACUGCACCAACAAAUUCUCCUUCAAAGAAAUCAAGGCAAGUCACAAUCAUGCUGGGUUCCAGUCUCGGAACUUUCUUUGGUGUAUUUUUUGUGGUUACCUCUUGCUUUUUCGUACUAACGAAGAAACAAGAAUCCGAGGAACUUGACGAAUUCUUCGUCGAUCAAGUACCAGGGAGUCCUACUAGAUUAUCUUAUGAAGAAUUGAGAGUCAUGACAAGCAAUUUCAACGAUAAGCUCGGGGAAGGAGGAUUUGGGACGGUGUUUCAUGGGACAUUAAGCGAUGGUACCAAAGUGGCAGUGAAGCGUCUCAAUGGUUUUGGUCAUGUUAAGCAGUCAUUCUUAGCUGAAGUUGAGACAAUAGGUAACAUUCACCAUGUCAAUUUGGUGAGAUUGGUUGGAUUUUGUGCUGAAAAGUCAUAUCGGCUUUUAGUUUAUGAGUACAUGUCCAAUGGAUCCAUGGAUAAAUGGAUCUUUCAAAGGCACCAAGAGCUGACACUUGGGUGGCAAUCCAGGAAAAAGAUCAUCAUGGAUAUAGCCAAGGGACUAACCUAUCUCCACGAGGAAUGUAGGCAAAAAAUAUUUCACCUGGAUAUCAAACCCCAAAACAUCCUCUUAGAUGAACACUUCAAUGCGAAAAUUUCAGAUUUUGGAUUGUCAAAACUAAUUGAUAAGGACCAAAGCCAAGUUGUAACAAUGAUGAAGGGAACACCUGGCUAUUUGGCUCCUGAAUGGUUGAGCUCAAUUAUCACUGAGAAAGUAGAUGUCUAUAGCUUUGGUGUCGUAGUCUUGGAAAUGUUGUGUGGACGGAAAAUUUUGGAUAGGUCUCAGCCUGAGGAAGAUAUGCAUUUACUAGGUCUAUUUAAGAGGAAAGCAAAGGCGGAACAACUUUUGGAUAUCGUUGAUAAAUACAAUGAUGACAUGCAGACACAUAGAGCAGAAGUCGUGGAGAUGAUGGGUGUUGCUAUGUGGUGUUUACAAAGUGAUUUUUCUAGGAGGCCUUCAAUGUCGGUGGUGGUUAAGGUCUUGGAGGGUUUUGUAGAUGUUGAAAACAAUUUGGAUUAUAACAUUACAACUCCUGUGGUACCAAGAGCGAUCACAGCCACUGGUCACCAAGAGGAUGCCAUUGGUGAUGCUACUCCAUUAUUUCCAUCAGCUUUAUCAGGACCAAGCACUUUUGAACAAUGCCCAGCUUGUUGAGCAUUAAAUCUGCCCCAAUUAUAUUUGGAAUCUGCUUCAGAAGGAAAUCCAUUUGUCAAAUUCGAGAAUGGAAGCUUCAACGGCUGCACAAUUCCUCUUUAAACAAGCACUUCUUAUGACCAUCAAUAUCAUAGUCUUCUGAAGCUCAAAGAUACCAAAUACUUUAUAUUAUAGUCAGUUCCCUAUGGUGGGGAAACAAGGUUGGCUUGGAAAAACUGAGUUGGAGGAUUGCAAGAAGACUUGUUUGAAGAACUGUUCAUGUAAAGGACCUUUAUUAUUUGCAUAUCAAAUGGCUAAUAAUCUUUUCAAGGGGAGGUUGCUUAUUACUGUCGGAAGUCUUUUCUUUUACAACUAAUGAGGGAUGGUAUGCCAAUGUCUUUGUGUUUAUAAAGAGAUCCAGUCUCGAUGCUUUCAUUGGUUUGUGUAUGUGCACUUUUCUUUCUUUCUUUCUUUCUUCUUCUUCUUCUUCUUCUUCUUCUUCUUCUUCUUCAUUUUUUAUCACUUCACCUAGUCUUA